AUGGGUUUGUUACGAAGAAGAAAGACGCUCUUGUCAGCAUCGUCUGAUAAUACGAAACGUAUUCUUCUUCUUGCAUCGUUACGCCAAGGUUGUGGCAAUGCAGCUACAGCGUCACGCAUAGCUUAUGAAAUACAAACAUCAACAAAAUUUACUGUUGACUGUGUGUCUGUUGAUACACCAGAUACGGAAUCUGGUUCAUUAGCAACAUCUAUUCGUCGAUACUCAGCCGUGCUUGCUUUACAUGUUUAUCGGGCUGGAAAUAUUCUAACAUCGAUAUACAACGAUGAACAAAUUGAUCUUCCACCAUUGAUACUUAUUUUUGCUGGUACUGAUUUACAUUCAUGUGAACCAAAAUGGAUAUCAACACUCGAAUAUAUUAUUCCACGAGCAAGUAGUCUUGUGUGUUUCAGUUACGAAUGGAAAAAAUAUGUUGAAACCGAAUAUAAAAAUUAUCUGACAUCUAAAAUAACAGUUAUACCGCAAAGUGUUCUUUUAUCACCAUUCAUUUUUGAACAAUUGCCAAUAACAAUGGACAAGAAAGCAAUUAUUUGGACAGGUGAAAUUCGUCCGGUGAAAGAUCCAAUAUUUGCUAUGGAGUUUUUAUCAUGUUUAAAUAAUAAUGAAUACCGGCUUUUUCUUGUUGGCUAUGAGAAUGAUAAAGCAUUAGGUGAACAACUACGUUCUACAUAUUCUCAUUUAAAUGUUACAUUUAUUGGUGGUCAAUCUCAAAGUUUUGUUCAUACAUUAAUGAGAACAUCGUUUGCUUAUAUUAAUACAUCAAUUAAUGAAGGAAUGUGUCUAGCUAUGCUUGAAGCAAUGACACUUGGUAUACCUGUUCUGGCUCGUCGCAAUACAGGCAAUACAAGUAUUAUUAAACAUCGAAAGACGGGCUUCAUUUUUGAUACACCCGAUGAAGCUGCUCAAUGUCUUGUUGAACUUGAUAGUAGCAACGAAUUAAGACAUGAAUUAAUACAACAAGCAGAAAAAUAUGUUAAAAAAUAUCAUAAUAUUUCUAAUGAAACAAAAGCUUAUCGAAAUUUACUUUUAAGUUUAAUCAAAUAA